AAUGCACUUCCAGUGUUGUGACGGUUGUGACCUUUUGUUUAUGUCUGUCUUGUCCAAAAUAGAAACUAGCUAACUGCCGUGUAGGGGAAAGCACACACAAUACCUCCUUCCUAGUUGCGUUAUUCAGAACCGCGGUCGCAACGGUGAUUAUAGUCGCUGUAAUUUGUAUUUUAAAAAGAUGAAUUCCGCCACAGCAGAGAGCUUUCGACACGUUUGCUCGGAGAGCGAUUUUCCUCAACGGAGGCGACAACAAGUGAGCUAGUUAGCUGGCUUUGCCGCGCACGGUCCGGUCGGUGUUCGUCGUCUCGUGCCAGUUAACGUUUUAAUAAAAACGUCAAAACAAACGGAAACUACGAGAAAACAAAUAUUUUUUUCUUUGCCUUUUUAUUUUUUAUUUUUACUAUGGCCUGUAGUUUCCUAAACACGGACGAGGCGUCCCCGCCGGCUCUCGCGGACCUGUGUCUGACCCACGUGAGCCAGAACCUGGAGUGUUUCUGCGUGAAGCGCCCGGAUGGGUCGCUGCGCUUCAGAGAGGCGAUGCUCUUCCCGCAGGAGCUGGCGGACCAGCUGCUGGCCAAGAUGGCCACUGAAGGCCUGCUGAACGACAGCACCGUGGGCGUGUUCCGCACCUGCGAGUACCUGCGUCUGAGGCGGGCCUGCGUCCGCACGGCGCGCAUCUCCGCCGAGGCCUUCCAGAAAGCCCUCUGCUCCCACCGGCUGCUGGAGCUGGACGCCGCCAGGGUCAACGCAGACCUCACCAUUCCCGACAUCCUGCAGGGACUGGCCACCAAUAAAUACUGUCAGGAGUCCCUCCAGCGACUGGUCCUGACGGGCCUCACCAUGUCCUCCCUGGAGGAGCCGAUCGGCCAUCGCUUCAGCUCCCUGCGGGGCCUCCGCUCGCUCUCCCUGGCCAACGUGGACUUCUACGACUCCGGGCUGGCGGACGUGUGCUCGCUGCCGCGGCUGGAGAGCCUGGACCUGUCCAACACCUCGGUGACCAACCUGAGCCCGCUGCUCGGCCUGAAGGAGCGGCUGCGCUCGCUCACGCUGCACCAGCUCAAGAGGCUGGAGAUGAGCACCGCGCAGCUGCUGGCCGUCAUAGGCCAGCUGGACGCUCUGCAGCACCUGGACAUCAGCGACGACAAGCAGUUCACCUCCGACGUGGCUCGUCAGCUGCUCGGCCAGCCGGGGAUCCUCCCCGCCCUCGUGUCGCUGGACGUGUCCGGGAGGAAACAGGUCACCGAUGCGGCGGUCAAGGCGUUUGUGGAGGAGAGGCCGGGGAUGACCUUCGUGGGACUUCUGGCCACGGACGCCGGAUUUUCCGACUUCCUCUCCGGAGAAGGGACCCUGAAGGUCACGGGAGAAGCCUACGAGACCCAGAUCUGCGAGGCGCUGCGGCGCUACAGCGAGAGGGAAGGCUUCGUGAGGGAGGCCCUGUUCCACCUGUUCAGCCUCACGCACGUGAUGGAGAAGCCCCGCCCCGACAUCCUCAAGCUGGUCGUGCUGGGCAUGAAGAACCACCCCGCCACGCUGAACGUGCAGCUGGCGGCGAGCGCCUGCGUCUUCAACCUGACGAAGCAGGACCUGGCGGCGGGGAUGCCGGUGCGGCUGCUGAGCACCGUCACCCAGCUGCUGCUGGAGGCCAUGAGGACGUUCCCCAACCACCAGCAGCUGCAGAAGAACUGCCUGCUGUCCCUGUGCAGCGACCGCAUCCUGCAGGAGGUUCCCUUCAACAGGUUCGAAGCUGCCAAGCUGGUGAUGCAGUGGCUCUGCAACCACGAGGACCAGAACAUGCAGAGGAUGGCCGUGGCCAUCAUCUCCAUCCUGGCCGCCAAGCUGUCCACGGAGCAGACGGCCCAGCUGGGAGCCGAGCUGUUCAUCGUGAAGCAACUGCUCCACAUCGUGCGUCAGAAAGCCACGCAGGGCGUCGUGGACGCCACGCUCAAGUUCACGCUGAGCGCGCUCUGGAACCUCACCGACGAGUCGCCGACCACCUGCCGCCAUUUCAUCGAGAACCAGGGCCUGGACCUGUUCAUCAAAGUGCUGGAGUCCUUCCCCAACGAGUCGUCCAUUCAGCAGAAGGUUCUCGGCCUGCUGAACAACAUCGCCGAAGUGGGGGAGCUGCACGUGGAGCUGAUGGUGCAGGGCUUCCUGGACCACAUCAGCACGCUGCUGCACAGCCCCGAGGUGGAGGUCAGCUACUUCGCCGCCGGCAUCCUCGCCCACCUGACGUCGCGGGGGGCGGACGCCUGGACGCUCGGCCCCGAGCUGCGGGCCGAGCUGCUGGAGCAGCUGCACGACGUCAUCAUGAAGUGGCCAGCGCCCGAGUGUGAAAUGGUGGCCUACAGGUCUUUUAACCCUUUCUUCCCCCUGCUGGAGUGCUUCCACACCCCCGGCGUGCAGCUGUGGGCGGCGUGGGCCAUGCAGCACGUCUGCAGCAAGAACGCCGCUCGCUACUGCAGCAUGCUGCUGGAGGAGGGCGGCCUGCAGCAGCUGGAGCUCGUCCACACGAACCCGCAGACCCACAAGGACGUGGAGCUGCUGGCCGCCAGCAUCCUGGAGAGCCUGCAGCGCCACAGGGGGCGCACCGGCCCCGCCCCCACCACCGGCCCCGCCCCCCAGAGAAAAUGAGGCUCCUCCCCCUUCCCCCCCCCCCCUGGCCCAGCACGCCGGGUCCCACUACAGAGGAGACUUCCUCGAGGAAACACUAUAUACCACGCAACUCUUUGUGCACACACACACUAACUUUAUUUAUUUUCUUUCUGCGUUUUGUUUCUCGUGAUUAAAGUUUGCCUGAACGCUCUCACUGUGCACGCUUGUUUGUUUGUUUGUUUACUGGAGCUCACGCCUCCGGGUCUCUCCAUCCUGCCGCUGCGCUCCUCUUUAUUUUUUAAAGCCUUUUUUGAUGCGACGGGACGCUCGCCGGGGGCGGAGUUCACCGGGUUCAAAUGUUAGAGGAAAAUGUUUAUUUACAGACGUCUCUGAGGAGCGGCAGUUUGUUUUUCCCUUUCCGUUAAAUGUUUGGCCCCGCCCCCAAAUCAGAAGAUCCAGAAUGGAAAAUGAUUCGAUUGGUCAGCUUCGUCAUGACGGAUUUAAAUGUCACAGCUGUGUGUGUGUGUGUUUACUCCUUUGGGAAACGUUGCGUGGCAUGUGUGUGUGUGUCUGUACAAGUAAAUGCAUCUUUAAAAAACAACAAAUAAACGUCUGUCAUUCGUACAUAAGAUAACUGAGCGAAACAGGAAGUUGGGUUGUUUAGUAUCAGCUGUGUGAACAUUGUUAUAAUGUGUGUGUGUGUUCUGUUGCUUCUGAGAAUUAUGAUGAAGAGAAAAGAGAUAAAAAUAUGGGAAAUAUC